AUGCGAGACAAGACGCUCCUUCUCCUCUUUUUCCUACUGGUGAGCACUUUUGACAGUACUAUAUCCUUAACCCUUAAUAAAUGUUUCAGAUUGCCGUCCAGCCCGGAGAUCCGUCGAGAAUCUCCAUGAUUGUGGGAGUGUACCUUGCUCUCAAGAUCCAGUGAGUCACGUCAUUUCGAACAAAAAAAAGAAAAGAAAAGAUCGAUUCUCGUUUUCAGCCGUGUUAUCCGUCAGACCAUCACAGCCCGCAGACGUGAGCAAUAUUAUAAAGUUUUAAUCAUACGACAAGUUCUUUUUAGGUGGUCCGAAAGUCCGAUACGUCCUUUCGACUGGCCAAGCACUGGCCGACGCCACCGGUCAGACUCUUCGCUCCUGCGCUUUUGCCAUCGAGUUCAUCCUCGCAUUCAUCGUGAGCUGCUAUAAUAGUUCCAAUUUUUCAUUCCUAAAUUCCAGUACUGCCGCACGCUCGCCUACAUGUGCGACACUCCGGCUCGAAGAAACAUCCUUGCCUUCUAUACCCUCAUGUGGGGUUCAAUUUUUGCUUACCAUGUUUGAAUCUUUUCAGUUUUGUUGCUCUUCACUCCUGGGAGCACGUCUUGGUUCAAGUCUACGGAAAGCGCAAUCUGCGAGACUGA